GUGCAAGUGAGACAAAUGAAGUCAAAGUUUUUGUUUUUCGAUGAGUGGUUUGUGAACGUUACAACGUAAACUGAAAUGAGUGUUAAUUAAUCAUUAGUAAAGAUUGCUUAAAUUGGUUGGAAUUAUUUUAAUGAUUUUUCUUCGAAAUUACCCUACAUUAAAUUCCCAAGAGAAACUUUUUAACUUAGCUAAAAUUAUCGCAAAUUUUGAGUGCUUUUGGGCAAUUAGUACAAGUGAGAUAGCCAUAUUACUCGAUUAAUAGUUUGGUAGUCGAGAAAGCCAAUGCUUUGUUGUUAGCUCGGAGAUUGUUCUAAAAGAUUAAAUCAGAUAUCAAGUACGCAUAAACAACAGCCGAUUUUAAUUAACAAGUGAUAUACGUGUGAUAGCAGCAAGCUCUCUGUGUGGAAGAUUGUGUAAUUUGUGCCUGAAGCAACCAUGCCUGCCAUAACGAAUUUGAAGGCGCCAAUUCGCCAUGUUCUGGACCUGUCCAAGGAUGAAAAGCGAAAGUUUCUCAACUCGUUCGACACCAUCAUGUCGGACUGCGAUGGCGUUUGUUGGGAUUUUAUCGGCCCGAUUCCCGGCGUCGAUGACGCUCUGCAGCUGCUGAAGAAGAAUAAAAAGCUGGCCUUCAUCUCCAACAACGGAAUGCGCACCAUGGAGGAGUACAAGCAGAAAUUCCUUAAGCUUGGAAUUCCGUCGCAUGAGUUGGCCAUUAUACAUCCGGCACUGACUACGGUUCGCUACCUGAAGGCGAUCAACAUGACGGAUGCGGUUUACUGCGUUGCUACCCAGGUGUUCAAGGACUAUCUCCGUAGCGAGCAGUUCACGGUCCUCGAUGGGCCUGACCAUCGUUUCCCAGACGAAAGAGAAGCCGAUUCGGUUCGUGUGUUUUCCAGCUUCUUCAUGGAAUCUACCGGCCCUCGCGUAGGUGCGGUCGUUAUGGACAUUGAUAUGAAUAUUUCGGUGGCACACUUGAUGCAGGCCAAGUGCUACUUGGACCGCAACCCGGAUUGCAUCCUGAUCGUGGGCGCCACCGACUACAUCAUUCCUCUGGGUCACCAUAUGGACGUCAUCGGACCGGGAUACUUCAUCGAAGUGCUGGAACGUGCCACCGGUCGGGAAGCAUUGGUUCUCGGCAAACCCGGACAGGAUCUGGCUGACUUUGUUCUGGAGCAGUUCAAAGUGACUCGACCGAAGCGUGUCCUGUUCGUGGGAGACAUGCUGCCACAGGAUAUGGGCUUUGGAUCACGCUGCGGUUUCCAGAAACUGCUGAUGCUGAGCGGAGGCACCUCCAUGGAUAUGCUACGAUCGCACCAGAAGCCAGAGGAGCUGCCCGAUUUUUACAUGGACAGCUUCGCCGACUUUAUCCAGCUGUACAAGGAUGUCGAACAGCGCUAGUAGGGCGGGUUUCUUUAGAUUAUUUUUAACACAUCCAUCUCCUGUUGCGGCUGGAUUGCAACUUCCUGUGGUGCGUGAAUGUUUUGAUUUUUAUGUCAGCGUUGCUGUGUGACGGCUUGCAUUUGACUCUGUGCCUGUGAAGAUGAAAGUUACUCAAUAAAAAAAU